AUGCCUCAGGAUGCCAAGAAAUCGAUGGAACUUAACAUCUGCACUAGGUACCUUGGUGAAACUGAUGCUACUAUGUCAAUUCUGGAUAUCUCGAUGAUGACUGGCUUUUCUCCAGACACAGAAGAUCUCAAUAAACUGAGUAAGGGCAAGGACAGAUACAUCUCCAAAUAUGAGCUGAGCAAGGCUGUGGCUGAUAAGAACACUCUUAUAAUUUACCUGGACAAGAUUUCCCACACCGAAGAGGAGUGCUUAACCUUCAGAAUCCAUCAAUAUUUUGAUGUGGGUCUCAUCCAGCCUGGGGCAGUCAAGGUCUACUCCUACUACAACUUAGAGGAAAGCUGUACCAAGUUCUACCAUCCAAGCAAGGAAGAUGGUUUACUCAACAAGAUUUGCCACAAAGAUGUGUGCCGUUGUGCUGAGGAAAAUUGCUUCCUACAUAGAGAGGAUGAAAAUCCAUUGACAAGGCAACAGAGAUUUGAAGAGGCUUGUGAGCCUGGAGUGGACUAUGUAUAUAAGGUCCAGGUGACCAAAAUUGAUCAGACUGACAGCUUCGAUGACUACCUGAUGCUCAUCAAAGACGUCAUCAAGUCCGGAUCCGAUGAGAAUCCUCGGGGCAAGAUUCGCAAGUUCAUCAGCCCUGUGAAGUGCCGGGAGUCCCUACUGCUACAGGAGGGCAACGAUUACCUGAUCUGGGGCGUCUCCUCUGACCUGUGGAAGAUGAAUUCAGAGCUUAAUUACAUCAUUGGCAAAGAUACUUGGGUGGAGCCGUGGCCACAAGAAGACAGCUGUCAGGAUGAAGAGAAUCAGAUGCUGUGUAAGGAUCUGGAGGUCUUUGCUGAAAACAUGGUCUCCUUUGGCUGCCCCAACUAACCUGGCUACAACUCGACCCCAUCUACGGACCCAAAUAGCCCACCCCUGGCCUCAGUCAGGUCCUACCUUUAUUUCUAAAUAAAGACUCUUUUAUCAAGGAUA